UAAAAUACUGUCACUCGACCUUUUGUUACUGUAAUAGUUUUAGAGUGGAAGUAAAGUUUGUAUCAACAGUUUUAUAAGAGGAGGAAAAGAAACACUUGUUUGAUAAAUAAAGCUUUCCUUCACAUGACUACAGGCGCAUGCGCAGUUGGUCGUUUGUAACUCGAAGUACUCAAUAAUCUGGGAAGCUGUUUUGCACUGGAACACCUCACAGCUAAAACGAGCUCUAACUACGGUGUACAGUUUUAUAGAGCCUUUUUUAUUCACUGACAGGGUUUCAACAACGAGUAGCGAUGAGCUUCUUCGGGUUUGGACAAAGUGCGGAGAUCGAUAUAGUCCUGAAUGACGCCGAGACGAGAAAGAAAGCUGAGCACAAGAGCGAAGACGGCAGGAAGGACAAGUAUUUUCUGUUUUACGACGGAGAGACGGUGUCUGGGAAAGUCAACGUGACAUUAAAGUACCCGGGGAAGAGGCUGGAGCACAACGGCAUCAAGAUCGAGUUUAUCGGGCAGAUAGAGCUGUACUAUGACAGAGGAAACCACCACGAGUUUGUCUCUCUGGUGAAAGACUUGGCUCGCCCAGGAGAGCUUACACAGUCACAGACGUAUGACUUUGAGUUCACACAUGUCGAGAAACCCUACGAGUCAUACACGGGUCAGAACGUCAAGCUACGCUACUUUUUGAGAGCAACAGUGAGCCGGAGACUGAAUGACAUCAGCAAAGAGCUGGACAUCGUGGUUCACACACUCAGCAGCUACCCUGAACUCAACUCCUCUAUCAAGAUGGAAGUGGGAAUCGAGGACUGUCUACACAUAGAGUUUGAGUACAACAAGUCCAAGUAUCACUUGAAGGAUGUGAUCGUAGGAAAGAUUUACUUUCUGCUGGUGAGGAUUAAGAUCAGACACAUGGAGAUUGACAUCAUAAAGAGAGAGACAACAGGCACAGGGCCAAAUGUCUACCACGAGAACGACACCAUUGCAAAGUAUGAGAUCAUGGAUGGAGCACCUGUCAGAGGAGAGUCGAUCCCCAUCAGGUUGUUUCUAGCUGGCUAUGAGAUGACGCCCACCAUGAGGGACAUCAACAAAAAGUUCUCGGUGCGGUACUACCUCAACCUGGUCCUCAUCGACGAGGAGGAAAGACGCUACUUCAAACAACAGGAGAUCACCCUGUGGAGGAAAGGAGACAUCGUGAGGAAGAGUAUGUCUCACCAAGCAGCCAUCGCCUCUCAGCGCUUUGAGUCCCCCUGCAAUCCUGAGAAGACCCCCAACCAGAACAGUGAAGAGGACAGCUAAAGCCCCGCCCACACUUCACCUGUGUGUAGUGAGCGUGAGAGCGAAACACGGCGCAGAAAUAUCAGCAACUUCUGAAUGUGAAUAUUAUUUGUUUGCAUCGAGAUAGAAUGAGCUGCAGUGUUUUUAAGGAUGAAUGCGUGUGUAUCAGAGAGGCUGUGUGUGUGUGUGUGUGUCUGUUUGUGUGUGUGUGUGUGUGUGUGUGUGUGUGUGUGUGUGUGUGUGUGUGUGUGUGUGUGCGUGUGUGCGUGCUAAAGGAACAAACAGUCAGACCAGGCUCAGACUAAAGUUGACCAAGUGUUUGUUUUACCUACCUUGAAGUACCAGCUGGGUGGAGUUUACCACAUUAUGACUCUUUGUCACAGAGAGACUGCACAGAAUAGUCUUCAAAGUGCUUCGCUUAAAUUUUUGGCAUUUAUUAUUGUACAGUUCAACGUGGCAAACUCCACCCAUUAGUUGCACUCAAAUAUCAUUUGAAAUUACGUUUGACCAAUAUCAUGAAUUCACAUGUGUAUGAAUGUGCAGUUUGUUGCUAAGAUAACUUUUCCUUCAAGCUUCUUUCUUGGCGGGUGGAUAGGUCAGAGCUGUAGUUAUACAGUAAGUUUCUUAAAGAAGUGUUUUAACGAGAGACUGUAACUCAAAGACUGUAGAUAAGAAGUGGAUUCAGAGGUUUGGGAGUCCCCUUGGGCUCCUGUUGUUCCUACUGCCCAGACAUGCAGUGAAAAGGUCUGCGUUUAUCCACAUGCUUAAAACUAUUGACCUCAGGUAUGUGCUACACAGUCACAAGUGCUCCACUGGUUGCCCAUGAGUUUGACAGUAUAUUAUCAACAAUGAUUGGGCUCUGUAAUGUGUCUACCUCCAAACAUCUGAGGUUUGCUGCAAAAAAAAUCUGAUUUCUUUUUUAGGCCAUAUUGCCAAGCCCUAGUUACCAUAUUCAAGCAAGAGAGUGGAGCUGGAAGUUGCAAAGUAUCAGCAAACACUAAGGGGUUGUGGCCUCAGAAAGCACCAAGAAUUGCCCCGCCAUCUAAUCUGCUCCAUCUCAAGGUCUAAUUCACAAAACAGUAGGAUAUUCAAGCGCAAAAAUGCCCACAAAGUCAUCAUGCUCCCUGCCGGCCGCUUGCUCUUGUUUUGGGUCUGAUCGGCAUCUCCACUCUCCACUGAAGCAGGGCUGUGUGCUGUGUCAGUCCACAAACAAAUGAAAGGCAUUGUGGAGAGAGAACACUUCAUACCAGUUUAUUGUGACAUUUGUUCAUGACAACAAAGCUUCCUAGAGCAGUAAAACAGUAUCAUCUCCAUUCUGGCAAACGGCACCAGACGGCCUCCACACAUAUUGAUAUGUGUUCCUGAACAUGCCAGGGUUAAGCCUCUGACAAAACUGAUUUUAUAUAAAUUAUCUGAGGUGCAGCCCAGUUACCACCAUCUAUCAGCAGACGGUAGAAAUUUCCCUCUGACUGUCCACGCUGGUGUUUCUGAAUCAGAUGUUUUUGUGAAAAACAUAUGUAGGAGUAUUUAACCAUUUGAGUGUACUUCAUGGAUUAGACGGAGUGUUUUUGUCUCAUCUGCACAGGUUCAGUGGGCGUAGAAGCUGCACAGUCCUCCUUUGAUUUAGGCCCUCAGCUAUAAGCUAAAACUGGCCCUGGCUUUGUUACCAAAGUACAUCCAUGAUUCAGUUUCAUGUUUUUUUAACAAUCUUUUUAUUGGGUUUUGCUUUUAACAGAGGGCAGAAUCAAGAUUCAUGUAGAAAAAUACAGUAAAUGGAUACAAAAAGACAGCCCCUUGAUCACAAUCCCAUAAGAGGACCACCCAGAGCAAUGAAAAGUAGACUUGACUUAUGUCAGUUGUCAGUAUUUGUGUUUCUAACUGGAGUUAGUUUCAUGUUAAUAUUAUUCAGGAGGAUCAUUUUGGUUGUCAAAAACUCCUUUAAAACAAAAUGUACUUUAAAAGAAAGGAUAGCUGUCUCCUAAGAGAUUGUUAUGGUGAUCUCAAUAUAAUCUGUCUUCCUUUUUACUAGCAGUGGAGUCGCCUCUGUUAGAACAAAAGCAUCACUUUUCAGACCUUAAAAGUAAAAUCCACUUCUUAUAUACAGUCUACAACCUUACUGUAUAUUACAGUCUUCUUACAUUACAUCCCAUAACGUUGUCGUCAUACUGUUCUUAGAAACAGUUUUAUAAAUCUGGUUUAAUUUGAAAAGUUUGUUUAUUUAAAAGAAUCAGUGACUUUUAGGCCAUUAUCAGAACUUCAAUCUGGUCUAAAUGAAGGAAACAUUUACACAUUUGAUGAAACAAUGCUUCAAAUAUUUUUAUACAUUCCAUCAGAAACAAGCGUGACUGUAGAGUAUUUAUUUUUGAAGAAAUCUCAAUUUUUAACCAGCAGUUACGUGUUUGAUGCAUCUUUUGGUUGUAGUGCUGCCACUGCUGCUAAAACAACCGUGGCACAUUCGAGCGCUGUGGGAUUUUCUUCCAUCAAUGUUCCCAUCUGUGAUAGUUUGAAGCCCUGCUUUCUUAUUUGCACUAUGAUCUCAUUCUGCUUCUUCUUGCUCUCAGUGCUGUUCAUGACCUCUCUGGACUCACGGCAGGGUUCAGGAGAGGAGUGAUAUUAGAGUAUAACUUCAUAUCUCCUACAGACAGUAUUACACCUGUGUUUAGUGACAAAUUGACACAAGGCUCUUCUCAUUUCUCUAUUGUGUGUGAGAGGACAGUUGAAGCUUUGUGGAAGAUGCACAGAUGGAUCCUUUUCAUUUUUACUUUUCUGACCAAGUCGUGUGAGCACAUAAAUUGUGAGCUUUGGUCGUGCGUCGGAUUCAUAAUCUGAAACUGCAGAAUUGUGAACCCCUUUGUUCUUGAAGUGAUGAAUGCCGUGUGUAAGAGAAAUGAGAAGAGCUGUAGUCCUGCCUCUUGAUGGCUGCUGUAACUGACUGCCCUUUUUGGUUAGUUAGCUUUGUGCCUAAAGGAUUAUUGCCAAAAUGUGUCAAUGCAAUGGAGAGAACUAUCACCGCCCUUACAUCCAUUUUAGACUGUGCUCACCCGUCUGUCCACUGCAGUCACUUUUAAUGAAAAUAUAAUGGGUUGAUUGUAAAAAGUAGUAUCAAAUGAUGUUAUUGUAAAAAAAAAAAAAAGAAUGUAAGAAAGUCUACUCUGCCCUGUUGUGAACUUCUUUAAAUUCAUAAACCUUAGUUAAAUUUUAAAUACGCAUAAUCCGUAGUUUUGUUGUUUCUAACUCUUCAAAGUAGAUCAUGAGUGCCAUUACUAUUUUAAUUUAAUUCCCUUCCUUUUCUAAAAUCUUCCUCCAUCCAUCCUAACAGAGAGCACACACAUGUACAGAGUGUGCAGCACUGAACCUGAAGCUCUCAGCCUGUCCUCCUUACUUGCUCUAGCUGCAACUUUUUUGCUUGGCAAGUUAACGCUGUGCAGCUUUGCAAACUCUUAUCACUGUGCAUUUAGGCCUUCUUAGGUUGUGUUAUUUUCCUGGCAGGGAGUGAGCUUGAUUAUCAUGAGCUGUUAAAAAUGAUCCACUGUUUCCAGACUGCUGUUCAGGUAACCGCUGAAAUAAGGAGCACAGCUUCCAAACCAGGCAUCAUUUAGACCAGACACUUUGGUUAGUUUCUGUUGAGUGACUCAACCCUUGAGAGGGUAUGGUAUAGUUUCAGAUACCUGAAAUAUCCACACCUUUGUUUUCUUAAAGCUAAUAUAAUAUAAAUAUUCAGUUCUAUAGUAAACUCCACGGGAAAAGAUUAAAUAAAAGAUAAAUCAAUUUGGCAUUGUUUGAUUAAAGACCUCCACUUUAACUGUUUUCUGACCUCAGUUCCCCUUGAACAACUUUCACACUGAAUUUAAAAUGUGGUCUGCAUUACUCUCUUGUUAAAAUCAGUGUCCUUUGUUUUGGCACUUACAUUGAUUCCAUUGAUUCAAUAACACUUCACAAAAAUCUGAUCAAGUAAAAAAGUAACUUUUAAGAGACAUAAAUAACUUUGGAGAACACACUGUUCAUUUUUUUUAUGUUGUUCUGUUAUGUGUCUGUGAUUACAUUGUUCCAGUCCUGGUACACACAGUAGCUGAACUAACAAAGUUUGUAGGCUUAUAGAGCGUAAAGGUGAGCUGGUAGAUGGAAACAAUAAUGAAUUGUACAGUGUAAAUGCACAAUGUAAAUGCUCCUUCUCUUUCAUUUGUUAAUGUCAUAUUUUAAUUUUCUGUCUAUAAAUGUUGAUUUUAAUCAUUUUAUAUUCCUGUUUUAUUUUGAAUUAAAAGGGAGUAACUGAA